AUGAGUGAAAGUGAGAGUGAGAGUGAAAACGAAUCUGAAUUUAUUGAUCCAGAUGAAGCAUUCAAAAUUCAUGGAUCCACAUGGUACGAAGUUAGUCAAAAACAUUGGUCACAACAAGAUCAUAACGUUUCCGGCAUGCUUGGUGGAUAUCCAGAGAUGAAUGUCAUCGACAUCCUUUCUAGUCGCGAAUUGAUCAAGAGUCUUGUUAAGAAAGGUAUGGGCAAGACCAGAGCUGCAGACAUUGCAGGAGGUAUUGGUCGUGUUUCGAAAAAUGUUCUUUCACAAACAUUUGAAUAUAUUGAUUUAGUUGAAUACAUUCCAAGCUUUGUUGAAAGUGCUAAACAAGAACUCGAAUCUAUUGUUAAAUUCCGAGGAAUCGCAAUUGGUGCACAAGAUUGGAUUCCAGAUACUAAAUAUGAUUUAAUUUGGUGUCAGUGGGCUAUCAUGUAUCUUAUGGAUGAUGAUUGCAUUAACUUCUUAAUUCGCUGUAAAUCGAGUCUUAAUGAGCAUGGUUUCAUUGUUGUCAAAGAUAACAUUGCAAACAAAAGCAAAAGUCUUCCUAAAGAUCGUGCACAAUAUCGUGAACUUGAUAAUCAAAUUAAUCGCACAUAUAAGCACUACCUCGAAUUGUUUUCUAAAUCAGGACUUAAACUAAUUGAAUCCAUUCCUCAAAAGAAAUGGGAACCAGAACUUUUACCUGUUUAUACUUUUGUUCUUCAAUAA